AAAACACUAAAAAUUUAAAAAAAAUAAAAAUAAAAAUAAAAACCAGCUGAAAAUGGAGGCCACCACUAUCCACAGCGCCGAGGCCAAACGGUGGCUAAACACCGCCGUUAAGCUUCUGACGACACGUGACCUGCACGGGACCAGAAGCUUCGCGAUCCGAGCUCGCGAAUCGUACCCGAGGCUCGACACCGCUGACGAAAUAAUCGCCGUCGCCGACACUCUCAUCGCCGGUGAGUCACGGAUCAACAACCAGCACGACUGGUACGCCAUCCUCCAGGUCCAAAGAAACACUCAGAACCUUGAGAUUAUCGCCUCUCAGUAUCGGCGUCUCGCUAUCCUCCUCAACCCCCAGAAGAGCCAGCUUCCGUACUCCGAUGAGGCUUUCAGGCUUGUCUCCGAGGCCUGGUCCGUGCUCUCGAACCCUUCCAAGAAGGUAGUAUACGACAGUGAGUUGAAUGUCCAAACGCAGUUCGAGUUGGGGACCGGGUCGACUCAGCUGCAUGAUCGGCAGCCAUUCCUGCAGAAGCACCAGCCUCAGCAGCCGGUUAGGAGAAGCCCUAGGACUAAGGAAGGUAGGCCAGCUGCCGCAGCAGUGGAGGAGGACAGUCCGAGGGUGAACAAUGUGACCGAUUCGACUCGGUCAAUAACUCGGCCAGGUCGGCCAGGUCGGCAGUCAGUGCCGAGCACACGCGCCUCGACGGCGGCCAGGUCGGAAGCGCCGUCGAAUUUCUGGACGGCGUGUCCGUACUGCUACUUCCUUUACGAGUACCCGAAGGUUUACGAAGACUGUGCGCUUCGGUGUCAGAACUGCAAGAGGGCGUUCCACGCGGCGAUGAUACCGUCACCGCCGUUGACAGAGACAAAGGAUGCUUAUUUCUGCUGCUGGGGUUUUUUCCCAUUGGGAUUUUCGGGGAAAGGUAAAAACACUGCUGGGUCUUCGAAUUGGAAUCCCAUUUCGGCUAUGUUUGCAUGUCCUUUACCAGCUCAGGGAAAGAGAACUAGUAAUAACAGAUCUUCGUCCCCCAAGUUCGUUUAUCACGAUGAAGAUGUGAUUGUUGAGGUUUCCGAUGAGAGUGAUGAUUCCGAUGACGAAUGGGGGAGGAGUGGUAGGAGAAAGAGGGCUAGAAAUUCAAAGGGAAAAGGUUCCGUGGUUGCUAAUAACAUUCCCAAGAGAGCACCUUCUGAGAGGUUGAAGAGAGGGAAUACUCAAAAUGUAGAGGGGAUGGAUAAUGCUGGAAAUGGUCAGGUUUUUGACAGCGCGGCGGCAAGUGGGGCGGCGCCGAGGACGGAUUCGAGUAAGAAGGCCGUGGCAUCGGCCAGUAAUGCCAAGAAGAAAGGGAAGGCAAAGUGGGGGAGGUUGGAUUUGAAUGUGGAGUUUAGCAAUGAAAUUGAGGAACCUGCACCGGGAAUGAGUGAAGGGAAUGGGGCCGGAAAUCAGGAGGGAGAUAAUAUCGAAGGCAUCGGAUUUUUCGAGGGUCUUGACGAGUUUUUGAGCAGUUUGCCAAUACUUAAUGUUGUUGGGGAUGACAAGGUCAAGGCUACUUGAUAAAAGGUUAUGUACUUUGUAGCUCUUUUCUUUUGUAGAGGUUUUCUUUUGUACCAAUGUAGAUUAUGAUGUGGUGAAAGGAUGUUUCUUCUCUGAUUUUGAGGCCCACUUUCAUAGUUAAUUAUGAAAGAACCUGGUUAAAGAGAACCUUACAGGUGAACUUUGAAUUCUCUAUCUGAUAGGUGGCUGACAUUCUCUUUUUA